UUCCUUGUCAACGAGUGAACGUCAGUUAGAGCGCUUCAAUACCAAGUGCUAUAAUCGCGGUUAAAAGAGUCCGAGUGGUAAAAUUUAAAGCAGCAGAGUGUACAUAUCAGUGUGAGGAAUGAAGCUACGCAUUCAUGGAGCUGAACAAAUCGUUCAAGUGGUUUCAAAUGGGGCCCGUUUUCUUACCGGGACAGCCAUGCGGGAAAUUGCUGUUCUCCAUGCCAAACCUUUACCCGCAGAAUUAUCGCCAAUGCCAAAGGACCAUUUAGCCACGCCACAAAAAGACGGUUUAACCGUCAUCGUCAACGACGAUGGAUUGAUUCAUGAUUUGGGAUAUGACUCUGAUCUGAAGAUCAAAUAUCGAGAUUGCCAGUUCGCCCAAAGCCUGGACGUAACCGGUCAAACAAUCCUACCUGGACUUGUCGAUGGGCAUACACAUCCAGUUUGGACCGGAGAUCGGGUACAUGAAUUCGCUCUGAAGUUGGCCGGAGCCACCUACAUGGAGGUUCAUGCGGCUGGAGGCGGAAUUCAUUUCACCGUGAAUCAUUGCCGGGCAUCCUCCCAUGAAGAGCUCUUAGAUUCACUUUUACCACGGCUCCAGGAAAUGGUUCAAUCAGGUACAACGACCGUGGAAUGUAAGUCUGGCUAUGGAUUGGAUGUGGACACAGAGAUGAAACUCCUGCAAGUGUUGCAAAGUGCUUCUGAGCGUGUACCCCUUGAAAUCAGUGCCACUUUCUGUGGUGCUCAUGCGGUUCCAAAAGGAUCUACGGCCACUUUAGCGUCUCAAGAUGUGAUUGACGUUCAAUUGCCAAGAUUAAUCAGUUUGAAGAAACAAGGGCAACUCACGACAUGUGAAAACAUUGAUGUGUUUUGUGAGAAAGGAGUAUUCGAUCUGGACCAAUCUAGAGCUAUAUUGGUGGCCGGUCAAAAGGCAGGGCUCAAGAUCAACUUUCACGGAGAUGAGCUCAACUGUUUGAAUAGUGCAGAGAUGGGUGCUGAACUCCAAGCUGAGGCGAUAUCCCAUCUGGAAGAGAUCUCUCCUCAAGGAAUUAAGGCCAUGGCGUUGAGUGGAUCUGUGGCCGUCAUCCUUCCGACUACUGCUUACAUUCUUCGCUUGAAAAGUCCUCCUGUGCGUCAAAUGAUCGAUCAAGGGGUUGUGGUCGCCUUAGGAUCGGACUUCAACCCCAAUGCGUAUUGCCUCGCCAUGCCGACGGUAAUGCAUUUGGCUUGCGUCAAUCAGCGUUUGAGCAUGGAUGAGGCUCUGGUGGCUGCCACGAUCAAUGCUGCCCACUCAUUGGGCCGGGGAAACACCCAUGGGUCCGUUGAGAUUGGAAAGAUGGCAGACCUUUUGGUGAUUAAUGCCCCCAGAUGGGAGCAUUUGAUUUAUCGUCUUGGUGCUCAUUCAUCACUCAUCUCUAUGGUGCUUAAGGCUGGAAACAUUGCCUACCAAAAGCGUUAACGACCAAGAUGAAUCCUUCAAAUUAAAUCAAUUUGAACCAGACCCUGGAAGUCAUGUUCUCUAUUUUAACCUACUAUGUAGUAACCGUGGGUAAAGAGAUAAAAUAAAAAACUAUUG